UUCACGCCACCGUCCCCAAUCUUUUGUCUCGAAACUCAGUUUCAGACGAACAACCACGACGUCGCUCCUCUAACAGCAACGACACACUUGCCUCCCCACGCCAUUUAUAACCCCCAUACUUCCAUCUUCCUCAUCCCCAACGACGACGAAGACGACAACACCACCACCAAAGGUAACCCGACACCAACAGCAACCAUGAAGGUCAUCAGCAAGGAAGAGGAGGCGGCCCACUACCGCGAGGUAGUCAAGGGCGGUUUGAUCGGUGGUACCGGCGGUCUCAUCCUCGGUCUCGGCGGUGUCAUGUUGGGCAUGAAGCGCUAUCAGUUUGUCCGCCAGCUCUCGCUCCCCUUCCGCGCCUUCCUUGUUACCUCGGCGGGCACCUUCGGUGCCAUCAUCCUGGCCGAGCAAUACAGCGUCACCUUCCAGCGCGCCAAGGACCCAAUGCUGAACUAUAUCGAGGCCGGCAAGAAGAAGCACGAGCAGGAGCGCCUGGCCAACGUGACUUCGGCCCAGCGCUUCAUGGAAUGGGGCCGCGAGAACCGCUACAGCAUUGUUUUUGCGUCCUGGAUUGCCGCCAUGGGCGCCGCAAUGGCCAUUGUCAACCGUAACAAGUAUCUUAGCGCCAGUCAGAAGCUCGUCCAGGCCCGUGUUUACGCCCAGGGCCUGACGCUCGCCGUCCUCAUCGCCACGGCCGCCUUCGAGACUGCCGAUGCCAAGAGCGGCAAGGGCAGGUGGGAGACCGUCAUGGUCGUUGAUCCCAACGAUCCUAACCAUGAGCACUUGAUCGAGAAGAAGGUCAAGAAGGAGGACUAUGAGGGUCAGAACCUCUGGCAGGAUAUGGUCGCUGCCGAAGAGAAGAGACUCGCUCACAAGAAGGCCCUGGAGAAGCAGCAGCAGGAGGAGGCUAACAAGGCUUCCGCCUCCGCUUAAGCGCGCUGCGUCAACAGUCAGUUUGUCAUGACAAAGAGAGUGCUAGUUCCCUCUCUAUAUCUCAUGCGAGAUCUAACUUGUCCACCUUCUUCUCUUCAUACCCGCCAUAGCGCACAUGGUACGGUGGGGGAGCGAAGGUGAAGACAAAAUCAAAAUUGGAUACCCAGAAAUCAAGCGAAGGAGGGAAAAAUAGGAAGCCGUGUGGGUGUUGGCAAACGUCGUUUGUUAUCACCACGGCUAUUGGAACUCACUGGC